AUGUUACUGACAAAGAUACCGUUCUUUCUCAAGAAUGUUCUCACUAAUGUCACUCAAUGUGAAUCAAAACAUGCUGAUGUUCUCGUACGUAAAUUUCUACAAGACAAGACAUCCUUCGUGAAAUUUUCAACAUCGAUACAACAGAAUGAGCGGCAAGAUUCGACAACAGAUCAAUCGUCCUCGCUUUCGACGAACACGGGUACACUGGAUAAAUUAUACAAAAAGAUCGAGAUUGAAGUCAGGGGAAAUGAUCCAGCAGUGUUGAAGAGCUAUGGACAAUUUGCAGUAAUGGCCGCAAAUUAUUUAAAUAUCAAUGUAUGUAGAAACACAGCACCACAUAAAGCUAUUCAUGAACGAUGGACGGUGCUGAAAUCUGCUCAUGUUCAUAAAAAGCAUCGAGUUCAGUACGAGAUCAGAACUUAUUAUCGUUAUUUGGAUUUUUUGAAAUUAACUGGGUCAACAGCAGAUACUUUUUUAGAAUAUCUUCAGAGAAAUUUGCCAGAAGGAGUAGCAAUGAAAGUGACCAAGGUUGAACUACAAAAGUUACCAGAAAGUAUAGCUGCAAAGUGUAAAGAAUAA